UAAGUUCCUUUUGAGGUUUGUGACUUCCUAUUAUCGUACAUAUACGCCCAUAAGGCUAGUUCUGGGUCAUACAGUAACAUAACAUGACAGAUACCUCAUCAGAAUCUGACAAACAGAUCUCAGCAGUGUGAAGCAAAACGCAAAGCAAAAGUUAAAGGACCAAGACGUUUCCCUCCACGAUGGUAGUCUCUCCUUACAACCAGACGGUCAAUAACAGAACCUCACCAAACGAAACAGAGUUGAGUUCUUUGAAUUUUUUUACCAUUUCCCUCCAUGGCUUGUUCUCCUCUAUCGGCAUCAUCGAAAACCUCCUCAUCAUCGGAGUUGUGGGCUUCCACGUCCGCCGCUCUGUCAUCAGCAUCUGGAUCCUGAACCUCGCAGCCUCUGACCUGCUGGCCACUUCUUCCCUGCCCUUCUUUACCCUCUACAUGGCACGAGGCAACACCUGGACGUUGGGCGCAACCUUCUGCCGUAUCCAUUCCUCCAUCUUCUUUCUCAACAUGUUUGUCAGCGGCUUCCUGCUGGCGGCCAUCUCUACGGACCGCUGCCUGGUUGUGCUGAGACCCGUCUGGGCACAGAACCACAGGAACACCCAAAUUGUGGGGAGGAUAUGUGGGGUGAUUUGGGCCUUGGCUGCGAUCUGCACGAUCCCCUUCUACAUGUUCCGUGACACCAUUCACCUAUCCAAUGGCAAAAUUCUCUGUUACUACAAAUAUGAUCGAUUCCUCCCACAGGGCUCAUAUGACCAGGAAGCUUUACGUAAGCAUCGCAAAGAGGCCUUGGCCUUCAUGAAGCUCUUUCUAGCCUUCCUGAUCCCUCUACUAAUCAUCAUCCUCAGCUAUGCUGCCGUGAAUUCCAGCUUGGCGCGCAGAGGCUGCCGACGCUCUUUCCGUUUUGUUCGACUGGUAGUGGCCGUGGUGGUGAGCUUUGUACUCUGCUGGGCUCCAUACCACAUCUUCAUCAUCAUAGAGGUGAUGUCUCCCAGUGGGCAUCCUGCACAAGCGUUGGCAAGCAAGGCCCUCCCAGUCUCAGCAACCAUUGGCUUCCUUAACAGUGUCCUCAACCCCAUUCUGUAUGUGUUCAGCUGCCCUGACCUGUGUAAUAAGAUUAGACAUUCCCUGGGCGCGGUGAUGGAGAGUGUUCUGGCUGAGGAUCUGGCAGAGCUGGCCCGGCGCCGCAGCACUGCUCGCAGCUCCAUCAGCACUACAGAGGUUGUGAUGAAGCAGAGGAAUUCCAUUGCAACCCCGUGUUUGAAAACAGAGCAAGAGCAGAAUGCAAGCGAGUGAAUUCUCUAAUAGUGGCCAGGUUUUCACUCACCUCAACUGCCUGCAUGAGAGAUAUUCCCCCUGUUUUAUAACUAUAAGCUCACCUUAUUGUAGCAAGAAACCCACCAAGUUUCUGAUCUGCUCCAGUUUGAAUUUGCUGUUAUGCAAUUUAAUCUGUUUAUCUGUUGUCUUUUGGGGAUAAUGUACAUUCCAAGGCUUCACUCUUAGCAGUACAACAAUAUUUUAUACUCAUCAUUCUGCUGUUGCAGACAAAUACAGUUUUCAUUCACCUCAUGCUGCUUUCCUAAUUCCCUUCGCAACUUUAUGUUCCUAAUAGGCUUUUAAUUUAUAACAUAGGUGAGAGGUAUUCUUUUUCAUUGAUGCCGACUUGCUAGUUUUUACAGUGGAGUAGUUUUUGGACACUGUUGUACUGAUGGAGUUAGUGGAGUUAGUACAUUUUUACUGUGUAUCAUCCUUCCUUAGUACUUCUUAUCCAGCCUUUAGUAGGGAUUAUUUGUGCUGGCCAGACCCUAUCAUGACCAUUAUUUCAAUACUGAAUCCUGAUUUCAUGGCACCUCAAAGUGUUUGAUGCUUGAUUGAUAUGUAGAUAUAUCGUUGCUUCUUUUGUCUCUCGCUUGUAAAAAGAGUUUGAGCUGUGAGUCAUAAGCAUGAGGUCUCUCACUAGAUGUUAUCAGUAGCUGUGGGAGCUGACACAAGCACAUUUGUGAAUUUCCUCAUUGUAAAUAUAACCAAAAAUGGAUGUCUUAAAUGUUAUAUUUUACAUCUUACUGUUCUCCUUUCGAGCAAUAUCUAUACUUUUUAAUGUGGUAAAGUGGCAUUUUAAACAUUAAUAAACAAAAAGAAAAUCACUCUGGUGUUGCAGUAUGACACCUCCUUUGCAAUUAAAGAACCACAAUCAUG